AGAGAUUUUCUUAAAAUUAUAAAAAUAGGAUAGAUUCUUAUAACAUGUUCAUGGACAAAAUCGCACUCGGCCACUUCCCGCCAUGUCAUCUCUUUCUCUCAAACCGCUAUCCUUUUCUACCUACAACUCCCUUAACCCAAAACGGAACCUUCCACCGCACUGUAAAUCACACUACCAAACGGAACGGGGCCACCAAUUUGAUGUCGGCGACACCUUCUUCCGCCGCGAGAGCACCACCGCCCGUGACCUCGGUGUGCUCUCCGCAGCCCUCUACCGUAAUACCGCCGGCAGCCUCCGUGUUCUCGACGCCAUGUGCGGCUGUGGAAUUCGUUCUCUUCGGUACUUAGCAGAAGCCGAGGCCGAUUUCGUAGUGGCAAACGAUGCAAAUGUCGAUUACAGGGAGGUUAUUUUGGGAAAUCUCUCCUCUGUUUCAAGUAGUUAUAGAUGGGAAGUUAAUCAUUUGCCUGCGACUAGGUUACUGGCUGAGUGUUACGUGCGAAAGGACUAUUUUGACCUUAUUGAUGUGGAUUCUUUUGGGAGCGGUUCCAGUUACUUACGAGUUGCUUUGGAUGCUGUUAAAUUGGGUGGCUUGUUAUACAUUACCUCCACUGAUGGGCUUUCUUCUGGUGGUCAUAGGCCUCAACAGUCUUUAGCUGCCUAUGGAGCAUAUGUUCAACCUUUGCCAUACUGUAAUGAGAUAGGUCUCCGGAUGCUUAUAGGCGGGGCUGUUAGAGAGGCUUCAGUGCUUGGUUAUCAUGUUGUUCCACUUUUCUCUUACUACUCAUAUCAUGGGCCUGUGUUUAGAGUGUUGCUACAAGUCAAGCGUGGAAAGUCUCCUUCUAGCAGGUAUUAUAGUUUUAUCAGCUAUUGCAACCAAUGUGGAAAUUCUCAAGCAUUUUCCUGGAAUGAACUUGGUGAGAUCAGCUGCCCUUGUAGUACAAAUGUUUCACAUUCACUUAUGGUUUCAGGACCCCUCUGGACUGGGCCUCUUCACAAUGCUCACCAUCUAACAGAAAUAAUGAGUUUGGCUGAGCAGUGGGGAUGGCUUGGUGAUGGCGAAGGAAAAAAUCUAGAAAAACUAUUGAAACUUAUGAUUGACGAGAGUGACCCCAAAUUGCCAGUGGGAUACCUCAAUGCAGACGAGAUAGCAAGUCGUGGUAAACUUGAUUUGCCUCCCCUGAGUACGAUAAUGAAAAGCCUGCACGAGGAAGGCUAUGCUGCUAGCAGAUCACAUAUUGCCUCAAAUGCGAUUAAAACAGACUGCCCGAUGGUUGAAUGUGUUAGAAUCAUGAAGCAACUCCAACAGCCUGCUGAAGUGGGUUCAUGCCAUUAAAGUUCAUGGAUGCUGCAGUACGUGUCAAAAGAGUUGUCAAUACUGUUGUAAAAGGCUUUAAAUCAGUUUUUCAAAAUGAAGAACCACACAAAACUCAGUAGUUGCUAUCACAAAAAAACUAAGGCUUUAAUCGCAUGCUGUUGUAGCAACUACUGAGUUUUCUUGGAGUUCUCUAAUGCUGACGGAAGUUGAAUCAAAGACCUGUUACACUGAUUUUCUUGACCCAGAAGAACAUGGACAUCGUGGAUGGUAUUCACUGCCCCUUGUGAUGAAGGAUCAAGAUUGCUACCUAAAGGAGAAAAAAAUUGAAUUGCGUUGGAAACACUAGAUGUGGAAAUUUUACAGCAGAUUUAAGACUUAUCAAUUCUGACAUCCUCAAUCACAAUAGUAAAUUGUUCAGUUUCACUUUCA